ACCGUUGAGAUUAUAAUACACACACAACACUCGAACAAUUUUCAGUCGAUUUGCUUUCGGUUUAGUGAUUCAUUUUCAGUUCACAUGUUGCUUUGUGUGUGAAUUGAAUGGAUUGUAAAUUGUGUUUCUUGAUCGGCUAUAAUUAGCAUACCGAAAAGUUCCCAGCGACGAAGUGAUUUUUCUCUUAAAAAUCGUAAGUUAAAAUCGUUAUUGCAGUCAGCAUAGACCACGUCUUGGAAUAAGUUCAAUGGAAUUCGCCCAUUAGUCCUGCGUACUACCUUCCACCUUCAACUGAGUCUCUUUGUUAUAUGAGCGCUUAAGUUCGGGCACAGCGGAGGAAAGAUCAACGUGAAAGAAUGGAAACAGACGAUGAUGUUCGUGAUAAAGUAGACUGUCAGAUACCUGUUGCUGUGCAGCAGGAAGAUCCCUUACUAUGUGGUGUAAAAAUGUCGGAAAUCAGAGGAAUCGCCGAAAGUCGUUUGCAUACAAGAAGACUCUCCCGGCGAACAUCGUCCUUCUUAAACAUUCCAUCACACGAUGAACUGAAAGACGAAUCAUUCCGUGGCAAAUGUACGCGAAUGAUACAUUCGUUCAAAUUUCAGGCGGUGGUGAUUGGUUUCGUUUUGCUCGACUGUGUCUUUGUCAUUGCCGAGCUAAUCGUAGAUCUGAGAAUUACAAAAGGCGAAGUGUGUGAUAGAGUGACCUGUGCACCAAUUAAAAAGGACCAUUCAUUAAGCUUGGUUCUUCAAUCACUGAGUCUGGCCAUUCUAUCCUUGUUCAUGAUCGAAUUGAUGUUCAAACUAUGGGCGCUGCGAUUCAAGUUUUUCGAAUCAAAAAUGGAAAUCUUCGAUGCCAUCAUUGUCAUCGUGUCCUGGUCCCUGGACAUUGCUUUCUUCCAUCAUGUCGACGACGCAAACGCCAUUUCAAUGUUAAUCUUCCUGCGAAUGUGGCGUCUGAUUCGCAUCGUUCAUGCAAUCGCUGUGUCGAUGAUAACGCCAGUCAUCCAUCAACUGGAAACCGCUGAGCACGCUCAUCACGUAACAGAGGUCAAACUGGAAAAGCUGACCGAUUAUACACAAGAACUGGAAGCUGAAAUCGAAGAAUUGCGAGAUUUGUUAGUGAAUUGUGAUCGAUCGCUACCGCGAAGUAGAGUGAAACCAACUACGGCUGAUGUUAAGGAUCUGUAGAACCAGCAGAUGAUAGUUACCCUUUCCGCGAUUUUAGCAGUUAAAGUCAAAAGGAUCAUUGAAUCGUGGCGCAAAGGAAGCGCACGAUUGAUGUUUCUGAGUAUUAAUGACUUUAAAGUGUAAAUGUGGGGGUGUUGCCGUGAAUGCCAAUAAUUUGUUACGAUAUUGAGCUGUUUAACUUUUCGCAUUUUGUUUUUGUUUAAAUAAAACACUGAAUCAGUGAAUCAACUAAAUGAACAAGCCAAUCGUACUCAAAUACUUAAAA